GCCGAUUGCACGCAUUGUGACUCGCGAGAUCUGUGGGCCGCCCCUGGCAGUGGACAUCCCCAGUUCUCCCAGUUCCACCUGGCCCUCCUUGAGCCCCCCUCCUUGACACCCUAGCUCGGCGAUGGAGCCGUGGUGCCGACACCGUGGCGUGACACCAUGCCGCUGUCAUCAUCGCUUCAGCGCCGCAGCCAUCGGCGUCGCCAUCGACCACCGUCAUCCGUUGCCGCUCUGGCUCGGGAGAGUCUCUGCCCCUGCUGGCGCGGCGCGCACUCACUGUCGAGCCUUUGCUCGAUGUCGAGCGCCGCACCCCCGGCAUGGAGCGGGGCGCGCGCGAUGCUCCAGAUCGACGGUGCCCCUCCCGGGCCAGAUCAGCGACCCUCUCCAGCCGGCCGUGCGGUGCAAGAUCCCCGAGGUCCACGGUCCGCACCCCGAACUCCAGCUGGCGCUGAGACGGCUGUCUGUCGAGUUGGGCGCGAUCAUGAGUGGCCAGCAGGCGGAUCUGCUGUCCCACCUCGACGGCUUCGCCCUCCGCUGCCGCGCGGAGGCCGGAGUCCCGGAGGGGCCGGAGGAGGCCCAGGGCGCCAGGCCCAGGUGGGCGGCGGCGGCGGUCGCAGGUUCCGUGCCCUUCGACGUGCCGUUGGAUAUCUCCGACGACGAUCUGUACGGCUUGGACGGCUUAGCUGACAAGGGUCGGUCGGCGCAGUCGAAGAUGUCGGCGGCAACGCAGUCAAGCAUGUCUGCGCCUUCGAGAAGCACUGUGAGGAAGUUCUCGGAUAAGGCCGCCACUGUGGCCGCCGUGACCGCGGAUCAGCUGCUUGAGGGGCGGGGGAGCGAGAACAGCGAGAUCUCGAUGGACGAGGUCAUCAUUAGGAAGUGCGCGGCCCACGAGAUCGACCGUGGCCUGCGCAGCAGAGUGCCACUGUGGCUGAGGUCGGCCCGAUCGACCGAAGGCUGGAGAUCGGGCCUGCUGCUCAUGACCAAGCACUGGCUCUACGAGAUUAUCAACUCCGCUCUCAUCCUCGCCAACGCCUUGCUCACGGCAUGGGAGACUGAGUACAACGCGCACCGUCUAGACGACAUCAGCAUCCCUACGCACUUCGUCGUCUUCAUGUUCGUCUUCUGCUUCAUCUUCUCGGGAGACCUGGCCGCCCGCUUCGUCGCGAAGGGCGUCGACAUGUUCUACGAGAAGGACUGGAGGGAAGAGGGGGACGUGCUGGACUUCUUCGUGGUGCUGGGCUCCUGUCUGGAGGUCGUCGCGUACCUGACGAGCAGCAUGGAGGACUCCUGGCUGUCCAACGCCUCCGUGCUGCGGGUCGUGCGGCUCGUGCGCGUGGCGCGCAUCGUUCGGGCUCUCCGCUCCUUUGUGUACUUCCGGGACGUGCGCAUCACGGUCGCUAUGCUUUGCGAUGCUAUGCUGCCCCUUUUGACGUUCUCCUUCAUCAUGGGCUCCGUCUUCAUGGUGUUUGGCAUCUUUUUCACAGCUGGCGCUACUGCUCACAUGAGAUUGAACGGCGAAGACGAUGACCUGAAUCAUUAUUAUGGCGGUCUGUUUAAGUCGAUGGCAACUCUCUACAUGUCCAUAUCUGGCGGAAUGGAUUGGGAGAAUGCCGCUCAACCCCUCUCGAAGCUAGCGCGCUCCUACUCAGUGGUUUUUUACGGGUACUUGACUUUUUCGAUUUUCGCGAUGCUGAAUGUAGUCAGCGCAGUGGUUCGGCGGAUUGACAACACGAUCCAGAGGUCCAAGAAUGACCGUGACUUCGUCGUGCAGACGGAGAUGGAGGGCAAGCGCGAUUUUCUGAAUAGCAUGGACAAGGUGUUCGACGAGCUCGACCCCGACCGCUCUGGCACGAUCCGUCUUUUCGAGCUUCAGAACCACAUCAUGGACCCCCAGGUGAACGCAUACUUCCGCGCGAUUGAUCUAAACGUUUUCAAGGUGGCGAAGCUGUUCCAGCUCAUGGACAAGGACGGUUCGGGCGACAUCGACAAGAAGGAGUUCACACAGGGUUGCGCACGGUUGCGUGGUGACGCGAAAGAGCUCGAUGUGGCCAUUCUCCAGUUAGAGAUGAGGCAGCUGGCGGGCAUGUCGGCCAGCAUCAGAGAUUUGGUGGUCCAGUUGGGCGAACACCUCGACGACAAGUUCGACCCACAGUUCGCUAGCAUGCCACCCUGCCUGCAGUCGCCCUAACAGUGUUCCCCGAACAGUGCUUGGAUUGACAAAAUAUGAUUAUGUUCGUGAUUGUUCCCAACCAUCCUGUGGUGUUGGGUCCUUGUUCUGAAGAGACAGCGUCCCGCGUUACUCACUCCUCCUCGCCCCCCGCCUCCACCGCCCGC